AUGCGCCCCAUUCACCCCAUUCACCUGACGGCUGCACUGGUCUUGAACUUGGUGCCAGGAGGUGCAGUCCCUGAUGCUUCCAUGAUGGACACCAUGUUCUUUGUCCCAGCAGGUCCUGCGGAUGAGAUGGAGGCUUUGACCUUGCAGGACCUCCUGGGAGACACCAAAGGUGCUGGCCCACAGGCACCUGGUGCCUCACCACCCGCACCGCCACCGCCAGCAGCACCUCCGGCUCCUGGGGGUGCUUGGUCUGCUGUCAAGAAGCUGGCCUCUGCGGCAGCUGGGGAGGCAGCGCAUUUGGCACAUGAAGCCAGCCACAUGGCGCAGGAGGCAGUUAGAUCCGCUGCGCAGGCUGCCGCCGCAGCAAAGCAGGAAGAGAGGCGGUGGGCUGAUGAGAUCGCAGCAAAGCGCCGGGCAAAUGCGGUGAAGAAGGGCAGUCGAGGUUCCAGACAGGAAUACCGAGUAGAGGUUGAAGCACCAGAGUCCGAGUGUUCCAUCUACAACUUCACCAAGUGCAACGGCUUCGAACGAGGGUUUAUUAAUUCAGCCCACCGAAGUUUGAAGAAGAUCACCGAUGACAUCGCUUUCUGGGAGUCCGAGAUUGCCAGAGGUGUCACAUCGACGCCGAAAGGGCAGAUGAGAUACGCCACCAUGGUGCACAUCUUGAAGGAACUUAAGAAGCUGGGGGAAGACGAAGGUGAAGAUGCUCUGAAGUCAAGGUGGAAGAGUAGCAAAUUUGAGCUUUGA